UUUCUAUGCAUAGCUCCCCGGAUGUAAAUAAAAUAUCUAAGGAAAAAUUUAAAAGCGAAAACGAAAUAAGUAAUAUUUAAAGAUCGUAAAUUAUCCAGUUGUGUUUCAGUAGGACAUCUAUUAUCAUACAAUAUUUUGAAUUAUGUUCGUUAUUCAAAUCGUGGUUGUUGGACUUCUUUUGAGGAUUGUGAAUGCUGGUUUCUGUAAAGUGUCUUACGAUUGCCAAGUAACAUGCACCAGAACAAGAUCAUCAUAUUAUAGUUGCGGAUUUUUAUGGCUUGGCAGAUGUACAAGAUACAGUCGUGGCUACACGCGAUGCCCAGGUAUCUGUUACAAAGAUGAAUGUUGUUCCGGUUAUAUGGGCACCAAUUGUAACAUACCUCUCUGUGAUGGUUCCACAACGUGUCCGAAUGGCGGCACGUGUAUUUCCCCUGACAAGUGUAGCUGUCCAACUGGCUUCUCCCCACCUUUCUGUGCUGAUACUAAUGAGUGUGCCGGUCCAUCACAUGGAUGUGAACAUGAGUGUAGAAAUACCGACGGUUCAUACACGUGUACAUGUAGAGGAGGCUAUGUGAGAAAUCCAGAUCUUAAAACAUGCACUGAGGACUGUGGUCACCCUGGAAACAUAAAAGAUGGCACUGUGUCUUUGACAUCAACACUGUUAGGUGCAUCAGCAAGGUACUCGUGUAAUCAGGGUUACCGUAUGGCCAGUGGGGAUGAAGUUCGACAAUGUCAGAGUGAUUUUUCCUGGAGUGGUCGAGAACCUACAUGUAUAUUCUCCAACUACUGUGAAAGUUUACCGUGUCUUAACGGUGCUACCUGUGUCAAUCUACUCGGCGGUUUUUGGUGCAAGUGUGCUCAUGGCUGGAAAGGGGGGAAAUGUGAAAAUGAUAUAGCACCCCCAAUGGUGACCGGAUGCCAUGAAGAUAUUCAUGUCAAUGCAACAGAGCAAACUAUUGAAUACAGCUGGACAGAACCCCAGUUCUCUGAUAGUAGAGGGUCUGCCCUAGAUAUCGUGUCAAACUAUCAUACUCCAGAGUUCACCUUUCCAUGGGGCGAUUUUACGGUACAAUACGUUGCCACAAAAAUCUCAAACGGGCUAAGAACCGAGUGUUCGUUUAAGAUCAAAGUUAGACCAACACCGUGUGAACCUUUAAAUGUUCCUAUUAACGGGGCAAGAUUAUGUAACGGUUGGCAAACGGGUUAUGGCAGGUUUUGUAUGAUCAUGUGUCAGCAGAACUUCACGAUUGGUCCAUCCUUCAGCUAUAGCAUGUGGUAUGUGUGUGGCGCCUCUGGUAAUUGGAUCGCCGCCAGUCCUGUACCAGACUGCCAAGUUCCUGUCGACUCUGAGAACGAGGGUUUGUUCUAUCACCCAGAAUAUGCUGGCUACGUGUUUACGCCAUCUUGUCAAGAUCAAGUCACGAAAAGCACGUUGCAAAAUCUAUAUAUAGAAUAUCUGAAUGGCACUUCUGGAUUUUCUUCGUUUUGCACAACUUACGGCAAUGAAUGUGUGAAGGAAAAUGUGGAUGUUCAAUGUUAGAGGUCAUAAUGUACAAUAUGUGUAUAAUUUUACAGCGACUAACAUUGAUAUAAACUCAUAAAAUUCAACAUUUUGUUCUUUGC